GUAACUUUCCUGGCAGGAAAAGCAAUGUAUGACUACAAAACUUUUGGAAUGGACAUCUGUGCAGAUUGCAUAUUACAGAUUUGCUCUUUUGUCAUCUCACCUCCAAAUCAAAAACUACUAAUUACGUAGUGCCGGAGAGCCCCCACCCGGCGGCAGAAGGUCAAGUCCCCUUUCCUGGCAUUUGGGAACACUGUCAAAUGGGUAGGUUCCCGUCCGUGGACCGCCGCUCUUGCAUCUGGCCCAGCAAAUGUUGCACCGUUUCUUGCAGUCGAAGCAAAGGGCAAAGGGCAAAGGGCAAAGGGCAAAGGGCAGAGAGCAGACCAUGUCCAGACAUGGGCCAGUACCGGUGGCAGCUUUCGAAAGCGGGCCCAUUCCCUUCUGGUCUGAGGCGUUCCUCAUGGUCGACUGCCCCUACCUCCACUUGAUUGAGCCUGGGUGGCCGCCGUUGACCAAGUUGACCCAGUCCCCUUCAGAUUCUAGUCUCUUCAACUUCGCCGUCGAGAAUAUCGCUCUCUGCCCAAAGUGUGGUUCGCGAAUCCAUACCGUCCGCAGGCUACCACUAUCACUCGAUUCGAGGAGCGGGCAACCGACCCCCCAAGAACUUCCUCAUCCUCACAUUCCCGAGCUCCCUGCCGAAGUCCCAGUCGGUAUUCACUCGACGCUUCCUCCCUCGCGCUCGUCUCCAGGCGCCAAAACGACCAGACUAUCCCUCCGCUCGUUUGACCUGAGAUCCGAGUCUGAGCCGCCGAUACCACCUCAUACCUCGAGACAGGUUCUGACGCCACAAACAGAAUCCUCGCUGCCUAUUCCCGUCGACCCGACCAUAGCAAACUACGCGCCGUGUCAUGUCCGUCGACCCGCCAAUGAUGUGCCUCUCUCAUCCGACCGCGAUGUCAACAGUUCUGCUGUACAGGUCUCGCCAAGAUCGCAUCGGUGGUCGUUUCUUACACGAUUCAAAAGACCGAAGCCUGACGCCGCGUCGUCAAUCGUCUCGAUGGGCAACAGCGGUGAUAUCAGAUAUCUUUCCUUUUGCUUCUCCUCCGACGGGGUAUCUAUCCUCCUCUGGGAAAAAAACAGCCUCGUCAUAGCUCGUCUCAAUGCCCAAGGCGACAGCGGAAGGCUCAUUGACCUCAUCCCCAUUCUCCGCCAAGGAGAAGGCGGACAAGCAACCCCCGGAAGCACGCUCUUUGUGGCCGAGGGUUGCGGAAUGAUAGCUGCCAUCGUAUCGCAGGGCGCUACGGGCAAGUUCCUAGUCGUAUUGGACCAUUCAGGGCUGGCUGAGAGAUCGGCAGUGCUGCCGCUUCAGGACAUGACGCCGCUGUGCUUGGCAAUUUCUCGAUGCAACUCGUUUGUUGCUGUUGGCCUCGCAGCACGGGUUCUGCUUGUUCGCCUGGCGGAGCACAAGGUGGACUUCGACUGGGCCGUCACCAUCUCGAUUCGCGGACCCAGCUCUUUUGAUGGCAUGACUGUUGCGUCGGAAGCCUGUAAUUUCACGGCCGAUGGGAGAUAUCUUAUAGUUGCGACCCAAAUGAGGGACAAGCAUCAGUCGAGCGAGGAUGGAAGUAUUCACACGGCCCUUUGGACUUGCGAAAGAGAGGCGAAGGGUCCGUUCCGGCUACCCUGUUGCAAAAUGCCAAACGAUGACCAAGGUCUCACCUCAAUCCAAUUCCACCACGGCCUCCAAGUCGCCGCGAUAACGGGCCUAACAUCGGCGCGAUACCCCCUGUUCCUCUCCCUCGACCCCCAGCAACCCGUCACCAUACCAGCCCAAGUCACAGAUUUCCGGAUACGGUGUUCAUGCAUGGCCCCUCCCCCGCAAGAUCACCUCAUGUACUUCCUCGACGCUAGCAACCGCGUUUGCGAAGCAGACCUGCACCAUCGUCAUGUCGAACUCGUUGCGGAUAUCACCACGUACAGGGGAUCCCUGCGUUCACACGAUGAGCCGGCCGCUAUAGCAGUUGGGCCGGGCGGCAUUGUGGAGGUAUUUUGGCGCCAGGGGCCGGGGUUGUGGAGAUUGCAAUUCAGGCCUGGCGAGGAGGCUAUUUUAAUAGAUAAUUUAAGGAGGCGCUGGGAUGAGACGAUUUAAUUAGGUGCAGUACAUGCCGUGUUAAAAGUCUCUGUACGCCCCCAGGGCGCAUUAUCAACCACGUAACUUCAAUCAUAGAUUUCUCAACCGAAUGAAGGUCAAUUUCUCCGCAAAAAAUGAUACCAUAAUAACCCCCCAAUUGUGGAGUUCAAUAGUGUGUAUACCAACCCCUACUACAAUGAUUGCAGUGAACAUUGCAACGCAAUACACACAUCAUGGCCCACGAAAUGCGUUGUAAUACAUCCUUUUUAUCCGUGCACGCU